AUGCAGCUAACUUAUAGUAGCGGCGACUCGUACUCUCAAACCGGGUUUAAUAUCAACGGCGAAGCGCCAUCAGCGUCAAAUCCAUUAGGCAAUCCCCCUCUCCCGGGAUGGACUGCAUCCGGUGGCAUAAACUGGGUUGGCAGUCUAGCGACUGAGUUCAACUCUUCUCUUACUCUCGCAUACAACUUUGCAUAUGGCGGUGCCACCGUCGACGCCGACAUUGUAGUGCCAUAUAUAGACACAGUUGUCUGUAUGGACGAUCAAGUCAAGAUCUUUUUAGACUUCAUUGACAAACAGCCGAAGAAUGUGCCGUGGACCAAGUCCAAUGCAUUGGUGGGGGUCUGGAUCGGAGUUAAUGACGUAGGAAAUUCCUAUUAUCGAGAAAACUCUACAGACAUCUUGAAAAAAGACGUGGCCAGGUAUUUCGAGCUACUUCAACAGCUCUACGACGCCGGGCUGCGGAAAUUUGCCUUGUUGAGCGUUCCUCCGACCAACUUGACACCGUUGAUGCUGCAGCAAGAUGCGGCAUCGAAUGGGCUUCUUGUCUCAUCUAUUAAACUCUACAACAAACUGCUGUCUUCCGGCUUCCACUCCUUCCAGGCCGCCAACCGCGAUAUAACGGCUAAGAUUAUCGAUACCUCAUUGGCUUUCAAUCGGGCAAUCAAGAACCCUAAGGCAUAUGGCGCACCGAAUGCAACCUGUUACAACGAAGACGGUGUAUCCUGUUUGUGGUUCAAUGAUUACCAUCCUGGUAUUGCCAUUGAAAGGCUUGUGGCAAGCGAUGUUGGAAAAGUGGUGAAUAAGCGGCCGUUUAAGUGGUAA